AUGGCUCCUUUGCAAAGCAACUCUUCCAUUUCCUUCCUCGCUUCAUUCGUGGUCAUAGCCCUGACUGCCACUGCUUGUGCAGCAGUCAGAAAUGAUCCUUAUGGCUCAUCGAAAGCCCUCCACUUCAUCCGAACUUCCUGCACUGCCACCGACUACCCCAACCUCUGCUUCAGCUCGCUGUCGGGCUACGCGGGCACGAUCCGGACGGACCCCGUCCAGCUUGCGCAGGCCGCUCUGUCGGUGAGCCUGACCGGCGCGCGUGCCACCGCCACCUCCAUCUCCAAAAUUCUGAAGAGCGGCGGCGUGGGGUCGAGGGAAGCCGGGGUCAUAAGCGACUGCGUGGACAACAUCGGAGACUCGGUGGAGGAGCUCCGGAAGACCAUCAAGGAAAUGGAAGGGCUGAGGAAGAGCAAGAACUUUAAGCUAUGCGUCAACGAUAUGCAGACGUGGGUGAGCUCGGCGUUGACGGACGAGAACACGUGCAUGGAGGAGUUUCCGAGCAGUAGCAUGGCGCUGGCGGCGCGUAAUUCCGUUAGGGGCGAGAUUGUGAAGGCGGCGCAGCUCACCAGCAAUGCCUUGUCCCUCAUCAAUGGUAUUUCCGGUGUUUAA